GCAGAGUAUUUACCCUCAUGGGCAAAUCUCAGAAGAAGCGCAAUAUGCGCAGACAUAACCCUAUGCGAGUCCCAGAUUCGCAUCUACCAAAAGGACUCGCAUCUGCGGCCGCGACCUCGUCCAAGAACGAGGCGAUCCUGCCAAUCAUACAGAAGUUAGAAAGCAUCGACCCCUCAGAACGAAAGUGGGCAUGCGUCGCAGUGUCGAAUAUCAUACAGAAUGAUCCUUCAACGCGGCGAUUAUUGCAAGGCAAAAACAUCGUGGGUGCGCUUAUCACUCGCCUCUCGGACAGUGAAGAAGAGGUCGUCGUGGAAGCUGCGGGGUCUUUGCGGAACCUGUGCGUUGACGGCGGCUUCGACAUAUGCGCCGAGAUGUAUAACAAGAACAUUUUGGCACCGCUCAAAAUUUAUGUACCCAAGAUUUCAGCGACCUUGUCGCAAUAUCUGGAAUCCCCCAAAAAUGCACCUGAAAACGCACAGAAGCUUGUGUACGAGUUCGCCGAAAACGUUAUCACAAUUCUCUGGUGCCUUUCAGAGACCUCGAACAAGGCUUUAAACGCGAUCAACCAAAUCUCGCUUGUGCCUUUCUUGAUGUCCUUUCUGGCAGCGAGGGAUAGACUGCCGUUGUCAACUGUGACUUCUGCCGCACAAUGUCUGUACGUUUUGACAGACGAGAACUAUCCCAUCAUCGAUGAGGUGCGGUCGAAUGCGGGAUACACGGCAUGUCUUCUCGCGAUCAUUCGUUCAGCUGAGGAAGCGCCAAAAACGAAUGGAAAAGGAAAGGAGACGUUUGAUGUCCGGGCUGAUGCUCUUCGGGUUCUUUCUUGUGGUAUCCUGCGGAAUAUCUCACCUAUCCCGCCGCCUUCCAUAGCUACCACUAUAGAUAUCGAUCGGGACGUCGUUCUCCCGACUCUAGAACCUGUCUUGAGCUCAAUAGACCUGCAAGAAGCGUCUCAAGCGGCACAGCACGCUGUGGACAAUCAAGAGUCAACACCGCAACUCGAGAAUUUGUCACUAAAACACACACCCAAAUCCGACCACAAGACGCCUUCCGAGCUUGAGCUUGAACGACUGGAGACGCGGCUACGCACGAUCCAGCUCGCUCUGGAGAUUCUCACUGGAAUGUGCGCGACACUGCCUGACCCGGAGAUGUUCAGUGGUGCGACCGAUGCUGACGGCGAGGAUGACAACGAAGCCGGCGAUGAAAACGUCGAUGACGCCCCAGACAUCGAUAUGACAAUAGACAACGCAGACGCUUCGCCAGACACGCCGGGCGACGCGCCGCAGCCCCCCGCGUUCUUCACCACUCUAGUCGCUCCGUUGCUCAAGCUCGUACAACCAACGCCGCUCUCCUUCCCUCCCCUCGACAACCCGUCCCCACAUCCGCCCACGACAUCGGCGCUUGGUGCGAUUCACGUCAGCGCGCUUGAGUGUCUGAAUAACAUCUUCCUUUCCAUGGCGACCUCGCUCGCUGGCCGGCCCUCAGGUCUCGCGCCCGAGAACGGCCGCACGGUCUUCGACGCCGUCUGGCGCGCGCUCAAUGCGGUGGGCACGGACAUCUCUCGCUCGGGCCAGGAGCGGCGGAGAGAGGUGUGGAACAUGGGCGUAGGCGUGCUCUGGGGCGUUGGCAACGUCUGGAAGGGCGCACUCGUGCCCACUGAGGAGCACGUCCAGGUCCUCACGCAGUUCUGCGGCGCCACGGCGGACACGGGAGUGAAGGUGAAGACGAUCGGCGCGCUCGAGUGCCUGGCGCAACACCCGGAGUCUGUGGACGCGAAUCGGGUCAUUUCUGCGUAUCUUUUGUCGCUUCUCCCACCAUCAGCGAACCCGCCCACGCCGACGGAGCCGCUCCUGCAAGCCGUAUCCGCGCUGAUCGAUAUCUACUCGGACGAGACGCUGCCGUACGACGUAAACUUCAGGUCAGGGCGCUACCUGGAUGCGCUAGUCCAGUCCGUAGAGGGAGUCCGGAAGGCGGUGCGCGGUAUCGAUCGCAAGAAGGAGCGCGAGCUGCGCGUGCGGGGGGAAGAAGUCCGGGAUAACCUCGUCGCGUUCAUCCAGUACCGGCGUGGCCUCAAGGUCUGAGUGCUGGAUAGCGACGGUAGCAGUCAGAUUGAGGAUUGAGUUUUUGCCUUCGAGCGGUUGCGCUAGCGUUGUGCGCGGUCGAUGUCCAAUUUGCUGGCCCAACAACGACCAUGCCUUUCUCGGCAGAUCACCGUACCGGCUGGCUCGUCUUGCUUAGGUGUCUUCUUACUAGUUCAUGUAGCGGGCGCCAUUAACAUCGUGCGCUGCUUGCCGCGAGAGCGGG